AUGGCAAAGCAUUCUUCAUGUGUUUCAGAUGCAGACCACUGUGGGAGAUGCCCAGAAGAUCACUAUUCCAAUGAAAGAAAGGACCUGUGCCUUCCCAAACAUUUCAGCUAUUUAUCCUAUGGUGAACCCUUGGGGGUCACUCUGAUUUCCUUGGUUCUUUUCUUUUCUGCAACCCUCAUUUUAGUGGCAGUGACUUUCAUUCUGCACUGGGACACCCCCAUUGUCAAAGCCAACAACAGGAACAUCACAUGCAUCCUUCUCUCCUCUCUUCUCCUUUGCUUUCUGUGCUCCUGUAUGUUUAUUGGGUGCCCUGGGGAAGUGACCUGCUUUCUCAGGCAAACUAUGUUUGGCACCAUUUUCUCCAUCUCAGUUUCCUGUGUCUUGGCCAAAACUAUCACAGUAGUUCUGGCCUUCUUGGCCACCAAGCCAGGAAACCAGAUGAGGAAGUGGCUAGGGAAAAGACUGGCAGCAUCUGUCAUUGUCCUCUGCUCCUUUAUCCAAGCUGUUAUCUGUGCAGCAUGGUUGAUCACCUCUCCUCCCUUCCCAGAGUUGGACAUGCAUUCCCUGACUGAUGAGAUCAUUGUGCAAUGUAACGAAAGCUCAGAUUCCAUGUUCUAUGUUGUCCUGGGCUAUUUGGGGCUGCUGGCCACCAUCAGUUUCACUGUGGCUUUCUUUGCAAGAAAAUUACCAGAUACUUUCAAUGAAGCCAAGCUGAUCACCUUCAGCAUGCUUUUGUUUUGCAGUGUUUGGCUGUCCUUCAUCCCAGCCUAUCUGAGCACCAAGGGGAAACACAUGGUGGCUGUGGAGAUCUUCUCCAUCUUGGCCUCUACUGCAGGUCUCCUGGGCUGCAUCUUUCUCCCCAAGUGCUACAUCAUACUAUUGUACCCAUAUCUCAACACAAAAGAACAUCUGACCAGGAGGAUAGUUUAA